CACCAUUGUGUUGAUAUUCGUUUAAAAUGAAAGCGCUGGCGGUUCUAGUGAUUGCGGGAAUUGCCUUGGCGGCAGCCCUGGAGAGGCCCGUGCCAGUGAAGGACAUGCCCGUCGGCAGGAGUGUGAACGGACGCAUUACCAUGGGCUAUCCGGCAACCGAGGGCAAGGUUCCGUAUAUUGUGAGCCUGAUUUUUAGCAAUGGAAACGGCGGUUCUUGGUUCUGCGGCGGCUCCAUUAUUGGCCACACGUGGGUCCUCACUGCCGCCCACUGCACGCAAGGUGCCAGCUCCGUGACCGUUGCCUAUGGAUCCGUGUGGCGCCAUCAGCCGCAGCUCACGCAUGUGGUGCAACAGGGAGACAUUGUGCAGCACGAGGCAUACAGCACGGCGACCCUCAACAAUGACAUCUCCCUCAUCCGCACACCGCACGUGGACUUCUGGUCGCUGGUCGACAAGGUGGAGCUGCCCCGCUACGAGGAUCGCCACAACAACUACUACGGCUGGUGGGCACUGCUCUCCGGCUGGGGCAAGACCUCCGACGAUGCUGGCGUCUCUGAGUACUUGAACUGCGUCGACAUUCUGAUAGCCGACAAUUCCGUGUGCCAAUCCUACUACGGCUCCACCUUCAUCACGGCCAACCAUGUGUGCAUUGCCACGCCCGAGAAUAAGGGCUCCUGCAGCGGCGACUCUGGCGGUCCCCUGGUCCUGCACUACGACAACCGUCAGGUGGGCAUCGUAUCCUUUGGCUCCUCCGCUGGCUGCCUGUCCAACAGCCCCAAGGGCAUGACUCGCGUCACUGGCUACUUGGAUUGGAUCCGCGACCACACGGGCAUUUCCUACUAAUCAUCAAAGAUUCAUUUUUUGGGCAUUCAACAAAUAAAAGAAAAAUAAAUUAU